AUGCUUGCUCUUCUUCCUUUCGUUCGCUUUGUGUAUCAUGAAGUUCUCAUGAUCCUGUUUGUUGAGAUCCUACUCUUCCUGAGCAUACAGAUAUCGCUGGGUAAAGGCUCUUUAGCAGACUUCGGUACCUCCUAUACACUCUCCCCAGCAAGUGUAGGGCUCUCUACCGAGCUUCUCAGUGAAGUUUUCGUGGUGCCGCGUCCACCGAGCGAAAAUCUCCCGCUAUUUGAGGACUGGACUCGAAAGCUCACGAGGGCGAUGCAUUGCUCCUGGAUCUCUCGCAGGGCCCUUCAGGUGUACACUAGUUCCCUAAACAAUGGCGCUGUUUGGGAGAUGUGGUUGCAGAUUCUUGAAGACACUGAAAGGCAACAAGCCCUUGAUAGGCGUGCUGAAACUAUGAAUCUGGGAUUUGUUUCUGUCCAACGCAGGGGAAAAAUUCGCCCUACGGUGCGUACCAAAGAGCAACGAAUUGCCUCUGUCGCAGAGAAGAAGCCGUCGCCCGUUCAAAAUAAGAAGAGUGAAAAUUCUGCUGCAGCAGAAAAGCUUUCCAAGAAACAGGCCACGCCAGUCAAAGAUGGCAAGGCCGCAAAGAAGCGACGGGAAAUCAAGAAAAUGGCACUCAACGAUUACCGCAAUAUGACCAUUGAGCAGCUUGCUUCUCGCGCUGAAAUAACAAGCGGUAACAUGAAAUCAAAGAAACAGAAGCACCGCAUGACUCUAACAACACUGGCCUAA